GAAGACGCCUUCGCCUUCGUUUGUGCUCACACCAAGCGUGAUGAGCGGUGCGGACAUUGCGGGCCGAGACUCGUGGAAUCGGCAACGCGAUUGGUGAAGACUGGCGCAGCGCCCGCCAUGCAAGUCCGAAAAUGUUCACACGUCGGCGGCCACAAGUAUGCUGGCAACAUCAUCAUCUAUUCUGGAAAGGCCAGCAAAGACGAUGGGCAUUGGUAUGGGUAUGCAACCCCUGACAACUUGCAGACCAUAUUGACAGGUCGUGCAUUGCGUUCACACCUUUGGCGUGGUCGGCUGGGGAUUUCCGAGUCCGCAGCCGUGGCCGAGAGAAAGCGCCAGGUAUUUCUUAACUUAUUGCCUGGACUUGGCUUGGUCGUUCUGAUUGGGAUCGGGUCCUACGCCUGGCUUCGCAGGCGGAAGAGCUGA